AUGACUGCAAUUGAAGUUAAAUCACGUUCAAAGUCUAUUAAGUCACUUAAAACUGACUUAUCUUUAGAUGGAAAAGUUCAAGAACUUGUUAAUGAAAUAUCUUCCAAGAAUUCCAUUUCCCAAUAUAGACUCAGAUUAACUAUUUUGGAUAAAGAAACUAAUAAGCAAAAACCAUUGGAUGCUAAUAAGUCCUUUAUUGCUAAUGGAAUCACUUCAGACAAGGUUGAACUCUUUGUUAAAGAUUUAGGACCACAAAUUUCCUGGAGAACUGUUUUCUUGAUUGAAUAUUUCGGACCAUUUAUUUUCCAUUUUUUCUUUUACUAUGUCAGCAAGUCAUAUGGUGUUGAAGCAUUUGAGCAUUCUCAAACUCAACAAUUGGCGUUUGUUUUAGUAUUGGCCCAUUUCUUGAAGCGUGAAUAUGAAACUGUUUUUGUUCACAAGUUCUCCAAUGCCACUAUGCCUGCUUUCAAUAUCUUUAAGAAUUCUGGACAUUACUGGAUUUUAUCUGGUUUCAAUCUUGCAUUCUUCAUUUACAGACCAAACGUUGGAAGAUCAGGUCCUUUAAGUUUUAUUUUUCAUGUCAAUGAACACUCAUCAUUAGUGAGCUAUGCCCUUGUUGGACUUUGGGCUUUUGCUGAAAUUUCCAACUUUAUUACUCAUGGAAUCUUGGCUAAUUUAAGAAAGGGUGAUACUAAGAGAUAUGUUAUUCCAUUUGGAUAUGGUUUUGACUUGGUUGCUUGUCCAAACUAUUUCUUUGAAUCUUUAGCCUGGUUAGCUUAUGCUUUAUUAGUAGGAAAUUGGUCAGCUUGGGUUUUCUUGUUUGUUAGCUCUGGGCAAAUGUGGUUAUGGGCCGUUAAGAAACACAAGAGGUAUUUACAAACUUUUGGUGAUGAUUACAAAAAAUUAAAGAGAAAAGUAUUUAUUCCAUAUGUACUUUAG